AUGAUCCCUCAAGCUCUUACUGUUCCACAAUCCAACCCUCCUCCUUCCAUCCUCCCUUUCCUCACCGCGUUCUCGAUCGUAAUUGUCAUCUUCAUCACCAUCAUCAUAUUCUCUGUGGUUGCUUCUUUUGCCAUCAUAGUCUGCAUCUAUGUCAUUUGCAAAUACCUAAUUGGGUCAACGAGUUUAGAUGGCCACAGUUCCAACCUCGAAGCGGGUGAGCCAAACGAAAACCAAAUGAUGAUCACUAGGAGUAGGAUUUUGUUAACUCAUCAUCAAACGAGUAGUCAUGGAAGAGACAUCAUGGAGAGGUCAGAAAGCAAUGCAUGGAGGGAGGACAUGGAGAGAACAAUAAUGAUAGAGAAAGUGGCCGCGCCGGUGAGCUAUGGGAGCUCGGAGGCGGCGACAAAAUGCAUUGAUUGUGCAAUAUGUCUGGAGGAUUUUGAAAAUGGAGAGCUUUGCCAGAAUUUUCCAGGGUUCUCAGAGAGCGAGCAACGUGGCAAUAGGAAUGAAGAAAUGACUAUGACUACGACAACAGUAGCGACGACGAUGGUGGCCGAUCCUGAGGAGCGGAAUCGUCAGCUUCAAAUGGCGAUGGAGAAAUUGACGAAGCCAUCGGCAUAUUAUAAUUGUGAAGAGAAUGAUGAGUCUCCAUCGACGUUAAGCGAAUGCACGAUAUGUUUAGAGGAUCUUGGAGAAAGAGUUUCAUGUCGAGUUUUUCCUAAUUGCAAGCAUAUAUUCCAUACACAUUGCAUAAUCAAUUGGUUAGAGAUUAAUCAAACUUGUCCGAUAUGUAGGACUAAGUUGUAA